AUGUCUAAAGUGGCUUCGCUCUCUAAGGAUAUAUACACCUACAUCACCACCUCGAGUAACUUCCUUUAUUACUUUAGCAAGUAUGCGUACGCUCCCGAUGACUGGCUUUGGUAUUUCACCGGCACCGAAAUUGAAGGUAGAUCCGCCUUCACAAUGGCGGACACAAUCGGAGAUAGUAGCGACUAUAAGGGUUUAUACCACCAUGGCGGCACGCAUUUCUACUAUUACCUCGAUGAUCCGGACACCCUCGAGAAGCAACUGAAGGAGGCUUACAUGGUUGGAUUGAUCGAUUGGGAUAGAGGCGUGGAUCAGCUUGGAAGGUUAUAUCUUAUCGGAUACGAUGAUAUGAAGCAAAUCCAUCUUGGGAGGACAUUUUUUGCCAGCGCAGUAUACCCGGCCAGUCUUUCACAUCUUGCGAGGUUGUACGUUGGGGGCGAGGAGCUGCGGAGAAUAGUCCGUCCCCACCAAAGUUUUAUGGAACCCGAUCUAGAUGAGGAGGGAAGGGCGAAGAAGAAAUCCGAUUAA